UUAGCUAGCAUCAUACCAAUCAUAUCCCUUAAUUGUAAGCACGUACAAGAGCUCUUAAUCUAUAUCAAUAUUGGCAAUGAAAUUUACCAUCUUAGUCUCCAUUUUGGUCGUUGUUUUAAUAGCAGCACAAGCUGACGAAGCUCAAGGCCUCCCACCUAUUACUGCUGUGUUUAACGUCAACGGCAUCGUACCUUGUUCUGUGAAUGGCAGUGUUAAUGCCCCUCCCUUCCCAAAUGCUCAAGUCCAAUUAUCUAAUGGCGGAAAUGUGAUAGCCUCAGCCGAAACAAAUGCGCAGGGAGCAUUCAACAUCACUGUCACUCCAGAUCGAGUUACUCUCACCAACCUUUUAUCAUCUUGUAGGAUUAUUGUUGCUACACCACUCUCGAAUUGUGACGGGACCCUACUUGUAGCUGGAACUCUUGCAUCAGCGCUACAAGUCGAGGAGACCACCAUUCGUGGGAUACUCAUCAUUGUGGAGUUAGGCCCAAUAAAAUUUCAGCUUGUUGUUUGAUUCCAAAAUACUAAUAUGCAAUGUUUGAAUAAAGUUAGAAGUUGAUCUCUAUAGUACUAUCAACUUUCUAUACUACUGUAUGAAUAAAAAAGAUAUUGAUCUCUAUAUAUAGUACUCUCCAAUUCCUAAUGCUU